UCAACUUGUACUUUACGCGACUAGAACCCAUGAACGACCGGAUCACGAUCGACUGAAUCAGUGGGCUCGGCUAUCAAUGCGAUGAGCCUUGCGAUACGAUGAAUCUUUAGCAGAAGAAUCUCAUGCCAGGCCUGCAACUGAAGUCGAUCUACAACGUCUGGCUAGGGGUGAGCCAGCCACUACCAGAUUCGCGAUGCAGUGCUACACCGAGCUCCUACCGCCAUCAGGCGUCACUCAUGCGCUGUCACUGUCCUUCACCUCAGCCAACGACGCCAACUUGCUUGUCGCGAGGACCUCCUUGCUUCAGGUCUUCAAAUGUAAACAAUCCGAACAAGGACAAGACACCAAACUUGUCCUUGUGGCCGAGUACAAUCUCGCUGGCACGGUCACGUCGCUGGGCAGGGUGAGGACUCCAGACUCGAAGAGUGGUGGCGACGCCGUGCUCAUUGCCUUUUUGGAUGCUAAACUCAGUCUGAUUGAGUGGGACUCGACACUGCAUAGCAUAUCUACCUUGUCAAUACAUUACUACGAACAUCAUGACCUACACUCUGCCCCUUGGGAGCCCAAUCUGUCCGAAUGCGUCAGUCAUUUGACGAUUGACCCGUCAAGUAGAUGUGCAGCAUUCAAUUUUGGUGUCAGUAACCUCGCCAUCAUCCCUUUCCAUCAAACUGGCGAUGAUCUGGCAAUGGACGAUUUUGACGACAUCGACGGCGAGGGGAAAUACGCCAAUUCUCCCACAAAACAAGUCGAAACUCACACAAACGGCCAUGAAACACCCCACAGUCCCUCAUUUGUCCUGCCAUUAACGGUCCUCGAUCCUGGCCUGCUCCAUCCUGUGGACAUGACUUUCCUCCACGAGUAUCGGGAUCCAACGAUUGGCAUAUUGUACUCAACAGCGGCGCGCUCGUCCAAUAUGAGCGCUGAACGACGAGAUGUGACCAUCUAUGCAGUUUAUGCCCUGGAUCUGGACCAGAAAGCUUCAACGACCUUGCAAGCCGUCCAGAAACUUCCCAAUGAUGUAUAUCGAAUUGUGGCUCUCCCAGCUCCAGUCGGCGGUGCUUUACUUAUUGGAGGCAACGAACUCAUACAUAUUGACCAAGGUGGAAAAACAAACGCGAUUGCCGUCAACGAGUUCGCGAAAGAUGCAUCAUCUUUUGCCAUGACCGACCACUCUGAAUAUGGACUCAAAUUGGAGGGUUGUCAUAUCGAGCACCUGGGCAAUGCCAGCGGCGAUAUGCUGGUCAUUUUGAAAACCGGAGAACUGGCACUACUGACUUUCAGACUGGACGGUCGCUCCGUGACAAGUAUGGCACUUCGUCGGAUAGGUGAAGGUCAAAUGCAGAGCUUGCUCAUGGGUGCCGCGUCCUGCACGACUAGUCUUGGAUCAAAUUGCCUGUUCAUUGGCAGUGAAGAGUCAGACUCGCUUCUUGUAUCGCUCGCUAAAAGAUCGUCUCAGCUGAAGAAGACGCUUUCUCGAUCUCAGCCUGAAGCGGACGGCUUAGACAUUGAAGACGACGAUGACGUCGAGGACGAGGAUGAUCUUUAUGGUGAAGUUGCCAACGGACAUUCGUCUGGGGACGCAGGCAACCAGACACUUCGAUUGAUGGACCGUCUACCGGCUAUGGCACCCAUCAAUAGCAUGGCUCUAGGGCGUUCGCGGAAGCGGAAGCGUGGUGAGACAGAUGAAGUUGGGGAACAGGAACUUGCACUGGCCUACGGCAGAGGCAAUGCAGGUGGACUCGCAAUUGUCACAAAACAGCUUGAGCCCAGGGUUGCUAAAACCAUCCAAUACGAAGGAGCUCACCGAUUAUGGUGCUUCUCGUCAGCUGGAAAGCAGGCAGAUCAGAAGCAGACGGGCAAGGACAAGCCGUACGACGACAUGGCAAUCAUCUCACAAGCAACAAGCGACGGUGUCGGCAAGUCGUCGCUACUCAGACUCGACGAUGGAGACUUGAGUGCAGUGGCAUACUCCGAGUUUGAUGAGACUGCUGGAUCAACCAUCUCCAUUGCACAACUGAAGACCACAAACCACACGGUCCAGGUAUUACCUACGGAAGUACGCGUUUACGAUUUUGAAUUCGCGCUCUCACAAAUCUUCCCUAUAGUGGAUGAGGAAGAGGGUCAAAUCUCCAAGGCAACCAAGGCUGCCUUCGCUGAUCCAUAUCUUGCGGUGAUCAAAGAAGAUGGGACCAUGACUUUGUUGAAGGCUGACAAAGCUGGUGAGCUUGAUGAGGUCGAGCUUCCGGAUGUGUUGACCAGCAAAUCAAUCUCUUCCGUCUCGCUAUAUCCAGACACUCACGACUUCUUUCAGGCUUCGAGAUUCUAUUCUGGAGAGCCGUCUCGAGGCCCCGUCCUUGCAGCGUUGACCUCGGAGGGCCACUUUUGCAUGUUAUCAUUGCCGAAUAUCACUAUCCAGCUGUUUCAAUGUGACAGCCUGCCGUUUCUCCCAACCUACUUGAUGCAGGAUCUGCAAUUGCCGAAGCAUUGGAGGAACAAGGACGAGCUUAGCGAGAUUCUACUGGCCGAUCUUGGUGAUGAGACCAGUACUCAACCGUUCUUGGUACUGCGCAACGUGACUGGUGAUGUUGUUCUUUAUGAGCCUUUUGCCAAUCCUGAGGUUGUCGGGAGCUUCAAAUUCAAAAAAGUGGCGACGAAGCCGGCGCAAGAUGCUGAAGGCGCGGACGAGGAUGGAUAUCAAUCGACCAAACCACCUAUGGAAGUUCUCCAAGACUUUGCAGGCCACGCCUCUGUCAUCGUUCCCGGGUUUCACCCUUUUGUCAUACUGAAGCAAGCCUCUACUAUGCCUCACAUCUACGAAUUGGAUGCUGCAAAUAUGCGAUCCGUGAGCGCUGUCAAUUUCUCAAUGUGCACCAAAGGCUUUGCCUUCGUGGACGACCAAGAGAACAUCUCCUAUGCCCAGAUACCAGACUCGAUGAUGAUCGGCCAAGCAGACUGGGCUAUCAAAAGAGUCCCACUAGGACAGGAUAUCAGCUCCAUUGCAUACUUCGAACCAACCGAGUCAUACGUGUUGGCGGCGAACUACCCCACUGAGUUCCAGCUGCCACAAGAUGAUGAAUGGCAUCCAGAAUGGCAGACCGAAACGACCAGAUUCUUGCCGACCACGAUCCAAAGCUCUCUCAAACUUCUCAGCUCCAAGAGUCACUCGAUUAUCAGUCAGUAUCACUUCGAUGCCUGUGAGCGAAUCCUUUGCCUGAAAUGUCUCAACCUGGAAAUCUCCGAGGAAACCCAUGAGCGCAAAGACUUGAUCGUGGUCGGCACAGCGAUUGUCAGAGGUGAAAACGUCACCACACGAGGAAACAUCUACAUCUUCGACGUCGUCGAGGUCGUACCCGAGCCUGACGUGCCGGAGAGUGACGUGAAGUUGAAACUGAUCACCAAAGAAGAUGUGCGCGGAGCGGUUAGCGCUCUUUGCGAUGUCGGCUCGCAGGGCUUUGUGCUUGCAGCUCAGGGCCAGAAAUGCAUGGUCCGAGGACUCAAGGAGGACAUGUCCAUCCUGCCCGUGGCCUUCUUGGACAUGCGAUACUACGUGCACGUCGCUAAGGAAUUACGCGGUACAGGCCUCUGCAUUCUGGGUGACGCCUUUUCCGGGUUGUGGCUGAUUGGAUACUCUGAGGAACCGUACAAGUUGCAAAUUCUCGGUCGCGACCUAGAAAAUCCUCCAGUUCUGGCCGCCGAGUUCCUACCCAGUGGGAAAGAAUUGUUCAUUAUCUCAGCGGACGAAAGCGGUGUGUUGCGGGUCCUGCAAUUCGACCCUGAGAAUCCCAAGGCUGAACGCGGCACGAAAUUGCUUCUGCGGAGCACGUUCAACGCUGGAGCAACGCCCACGCAGAUGUUGUUGCUUCCGCCUGCAUCUGGAGCGGCUGCCACAAACUCCGAUCUUGAUGAUAUGGAUCUGGAUGGCGGUCAGCAAUCGAUUGCCUUGCAGCGGAUCCUUGUGAGCACACAGUCUGGCUCGCUGUGUAUGCUGACCACGCUUCCUGACGCGGCUUAUCGGCGCCUGUCGACCCUGCAAAACACACUACUCACCACGCUCGACUUUCACCCAUGCAGCUUGAAUCCUCGUGCGUACCGACAAGUGGAGACGGACGGAGUUGGCGGCAGAGGGGUGAUUGACGGCAACUUUGUCAAGAGGUGGUGGGAGACUAGCACGCAACAACGGGUCGCCAGUGCGGAUAAAGCGGGCGGAAGUGUUUGGGAGGUUAGAGGUGAUAUGGGCCUCAUCAGUGGCGAUGACUUGGGGAUUUAGGAUGUUCUUGGACAGGAGAACAGCCGACAAUUGAGUGCUCGAAAGGGCACACCUGGGCAAAGAGGUGAUAUCUUGCCUGAAGCUUGGCCGGUUCAGUAUCAGCAGGUAUUGACAUAUUACGGAUGGAUACCGAAUCGCUACCAUGGCACACCUGACCUGGUAUAAGUGACUGGUUUCAGCGCUCCGUUCACGGCGAGCUGCAUAACGAU